AUGUCGACCCUGAUCGCGCUCAUCUGCGUCGCUCCGGCGGCAGCCUUCCGCACGGGCGUGUGGCAUCACCCUCCCGACGCGUCAACUUCCUCCUCUCUUUUUCCUCGGGCCGCGACCGCGGCGAUGCAGCUCCCGGGGAUGGCGCAGGCGGCCACCGCCGCUGCCACGGUGGUGCAGGAGGUGGCCGGCUCGGUUCAGGACGUCGAGGCGCCCGACGCGGACGACAGCUUCGUCGCCAUCGACGAGAGCCGCACCGGCCUGGUCGACGAGGAGGGCCUUCCGCUGGUGUAUGACAAGGAGGCGAUCCAAAAGUACUGGGAGGGGCAGGGCGGCGCGCUGCAGUCGCGCUGGGCGGAGUUUCUGUCGGUGAGCGUUCCCUUCCUCACGCGCGUGGCGGCGCUCCUCGUCUCGGGCGGCACCGACGCGCUGAACGACUCGGCCUCGGAGCUCGCACGCGACGCCCGAGAGCGGAUCCAAAAGUUGGGGCCGACGUACGUCAAGAUGGGACAGAUGAUGUCGGUGCGGCCCGACAUCCUGCCUCAAGCGGCGCUCGACGAGCUCACCAUCCUGCAAGACGGCGUCGAGGGCUUCCCCGCUGACGUGGCGCGCGAGAUGGUCGAGGAGGAGCUUGGCGCCCCGAUCGACGAGUUGUUUUCCGACUUCUCGGCCGAGCCGGCGGCGGCGGCCUCGCUGGCGCAGGUCUUCCGGGCGACGCUCCGCUCGAGCGGCGAGCCCGGCGGCGGCGAGGCUGUGGCGGUCAAGGUGCAGCGGCCGGGAGUCCAGUCCCUCGUCUCCAAAGACCUGUACGUGCUGCGGCGGGCGGCGGAGGUCGAGCGUUUCGCGCCGCAGCAGCGCACCGACUACGUCGGCUUGCUAAACGAGUGGGCAGCGGCGAACAUGCAGACGAUGGCGCGCGGCCUCGCCGAGGCGGGCGUCACGGACGUGGCGGUGCCGCGCGUGUACGAGGCGCUGACGACGCGGCGCGUGCUCGUGAGCGAGUGGAUCGACGGGCGCAAGCUGUCUGAGUGCUCGACCGAGGAGGUCCGCGAGCUGGUCGCCAUCGGCUUCUUCCACUCGGACCCGCACCCGGGCAACCUGAUGCGGCCGCACGACCAGAGCCGUGCGCGGCUCGUGCUGAUCGACUUUGGUCUGGUCGCGCGCGUGCAGCGCAAGGACCAGGACCUGUUCGACUACGCCGCCCUGAUCGACGACUUUGUCGGCCUCGGCAUCCUGCCGCCCGACUGCAACCGCGCCAAGGUGCUCCCUCUGAUGGACAAGGCGCUCUCGCCGUACGUCAAGGGCGGCGGCGCCAAGAAGUAUGAGCAGGAGCUCAAGACCCUCUACGGGAUGGACGGCUCGGUCGAGUCCACCGUCGGAGGCUUCCAGGCGAUGACCAGCGACAUGCUCACCGUGCUCAACGACAUCCCCUUCUCCAUCCCGCCGUACUUUGCGUUGCUCGCGCGCGCCGUGGUCACGCUCGAGGGGCUCGCGCUGCAGGCCGCCGACCCGGACUACGGCCUCGUCCUCGAGGCGUACCCCUUCGUCGCGCGCAAGCUGCUCUCCUCCGACCGGCCCGAGCUGCAAAAGGCGCCGCACCAGGGCUUCGGCGGCGGCGGCGACCCGGGCAGGUGCGCGCUGCAGGAGGUGCUCUACGGCGGCGGCGACCCCGCCCUCAAGGGGGUGGUGACGCCGACGCGGCUCGCCGCCCUCGUCAACUCGGCCGCCGGAGUCGUCGCGCGGCAGGAGGGCGCCGCUUUUGUCGACCUCGACGCGGUGCCGGACGAGGGCCUCACGCCCGCCGCCGCCGCCGCUUUCGUGCUCUCGCCGGACGCGGCCUCGAUCCGCGCCCUCCUCGCCGACGAGGCGGCCGGCGCCUCCGACUUGCUGCUGCGGCAAGCCCUUCGCAAGGCGGUGCCGCUCGUUGCCGCCGCUCUGCCGCAGCCGCCGCGCCUCCCGUUCCUGCCGCCGCCGCCCGAGCCGCUCGAGCUGCCCGUCCCGCUGCCGCCGCGCGCGGGCGCCGCCACGGGCGGGGGGGUGCCGCUGCCGUCGCUCACCUCCGCGCGCGCCCUGCUCGACGCGCUGGCGCCGCCCCUCUCGCGCGACGAGGAGCUCUAUGCCCUCUCGCUCGUCGACUUGCUCAAGUCGACCCUCGGCGAGGAGGCGGCCGCCCUCGCGGCGGGGGACUUGUCGCAGGACCCCGUCGCGGCCGCGCGCGCCGCGAGGCCCAUCCUCGCCGCCGCACUCGAGGCGCAGGGCCCCGCCGCCGCCGACUCAGCCGUGGCGCGCCUCGCGCGCGCGGCGCUGCAGCUGCUCGAGACGGUCGACGCGCUGCCGUUCGGCGGCGGCGGCCGCGCAGGGGCGGACAGGGGCGCCGACCCGCUCCGGGAGGUGCUCGCCGGCGUGAGCGACACCGAGCGGGCCGUGCUGCAGGAGGAGCUCGACCGACUCGCUGGCCGGCUGCGCGAGCGGCUCGAGGAGCGGCUGGCGGCGGUUCAGUGA